AUUCGAUAAGAGAUUUAUAUAACUUGACGCAUGCGCAUACGCAUACACAACAAUAAAUAGCGGGAGUUGCAUUUUCCGCGAAACAGAUCGUAAAAGAAUUAAAAAUGUCUGUUGAUCUAACCGAAGGUGCAGUUGAAUCUAUGGUUGGAGGAGGACAGUGUGACUGCCCUGUGCUACAAAUUCUUAGUUCAAAGUUAAUAUCAUCCGGCGGCAGUGGUACAGAAAGAUACAGGCUCCUUGUUUCUGAUGGCGUGCACAGUUAUUCGCAUGUCAUGUUGGCCACACAGUUAAACAGUAUGAUGUCGGGUGGGGAAAUGGACAACCACUGCGUCGUCAGAGUUAAACAGUAUAUAUGCAAUACACUUCAAGGGGACAGACGGGUCAUGAUACUGCUUGAAGUGGAAGUGCUUGCCAAGGGUGCAGAUGUUGGUGGUCGUCUAGGCAACCCCCAGCCCUUGAAACCAGGACAGCCAUCAGAGUCUGCUGUCCCUCAGACCAGCAGUGUGCUUAAAAACACCUCAAAUAAUUUAAAUACUGCUCCUGUGGUGAAUGGGAAUGCUCACAGCCCGCCAUCGCGCAAGCCUUUCAACGUGCAGUCCAAGCCAGCCACACCGGGUACACCAGGCAGCAACCGCAUACACAGCAUUGUCAGUCUCACUCCGUAUCAGAACAGAUGGCGUAUCCGUGCCCGUGUUACACAAAAGAGCAACAUCCGAACCUGGAGCAAUUCUCGGGGAGAAGGAAAAUUGUUCAGUGUGAAUCUGAUUGAUGAGAGUGGAGAAAUCAGGGCCACAGGCUUCACGGAUACUGUUGACAAGUACUAUGAGAUGCUGGAGGUCAAUAAGGUGUACUACAUCAGCAAGGCUACCCUGAAGACUGCCAACAAACAGUACACGUCUGUAAAGAACGAUUAUGAGAUGACGUUUAACCAAGACACGCUUAUAGAGCCAUGCAGUGAAGAGACUGACCUGCCAACAAUAACUUUUGAUUUUGUGCCCAUCAAUUCCCUCGAUUCAAAGCAACCUCAGGCUGUUAUUGAUGUGAUCGGAGUGGUGAAGAGCAUGUCUGACGUGACAUCGAUCACCACAAAGCAGAAUAAGGAGCUAACUAAGAGAGAAGUGCAGCUCGCUGACCAGUCUGGCAUGGUGGUCAACCUGACCCUCUGGGGCAAUGAUGCGGAGAAUUUCAAAGGUGAGGACAACCCAGUGCUUGCCUGCAAAGGUUGCCGCCUGUCUGACUGGGGUGGGAGAUCCCUGUCCCUGCUGGGCAGCAGUCAGAUGUUGGUGAACCCGGACAUGAGGGAGGCAGCGCUGCUGAAGGGCUGGUGGAAACGGGAGGGGCAAAACCUUGACUUCCAGGGGUACCGCUCUGAAGGGGGUGGAGGGGCAGGAGCUGGCACGAACUGGAAGUUGUUUUCUCAGCUGAAGAACGAGAACAUAGGCAAUGAGAAACCAGACUACUUCACAUCCAAGGGCACAGUAGUGUUUAUGAGGAAGGAAAAUUCCAUGUACCAGGCUUGUCCAUCAGAGAGCUGCAACAAGAAGGUUGUGGACCAGGGGAACGGCAUGUACCGCUGUGAGAAGUGUCAGACAGAGUUUCCAAAGUUCAAAUGGAGGAUGAUCCUCUCGGUGAACCUUGCUGAUCACACGUCUACACAGUGGGUGACCUGCUUCCAGGAGUCAGCCGAGUGUAUCUUAGGAGUCAACGCUGACGAACUGGGCAACAUGAAGGAAACCAAUGAAAUGGCCUAUGAUGGUGUUUUUGAAGCAGCAACUCACAAGACAUACAUAUUCAAACUGAGAGCAAAGGUGGAAACCUACAAUGGGGAGAGCAGAUUGAAGGUCGUGUGCAUGAAUGCAAACCCGCUGAAUUUUGUUGAGGAUGGAAAACGGCUGUUGGACGAAAUCAACAAACUCAUGAUUUGAACAUCUGUUUGACCAAACUUGAACUAACUUGUAAUUAUCAAAGUGACUGAGGGUAACAUAACAUGGGGAAAAAUAUAAGAUUUGCGGUACUGUAAAAAUAAAUGUAAACCCAGCAUUGUUGAUACCUUUCUUUACAUGUUUUGAAAUCAUUUUGUGGUUGAUAUUUAUUGUUGAAUUCGCUGAGAAUUUAUGGAAAAUUAACUUUUACCUUCUCCUAUUUUCUAUGCACACGUUGAAAACGUUUUGCAUGAAAUAAUGUGUAAGUGGCUCUAAACAUGUGUCCAUUUUGAUAUAAGACAAUAUUUUCCAUUACAAUAGUGCUCACUUAAACAAAUCAUGUAUAUUUUGAGGGUUAAGGUUUUGAUAGGAAUAUGUUUAAAAUACCAUUUCAAGUUUUACUGUUUACUGUAUGGGGGGCAGAUACAUGACGUGUCGAUGUGUAUAGACAUCAGAACCUGAGGAACUGGAACAUUUAAAGUAAUUUAAAAUUCUGCUCGGCCUAAUUCAGGUAAAAUGUUACAAAAUUAAAGAUCAACCAAUAAUUUAUAAUCUUAAGUUGCUUAUUUACAUUUAUCUCAGUUGUUUUCCUGUAAAUGCUAUGCUUAUUGUCUUGUAAAAGUGCUGAUGUUUCAUGGUCAGAUGUACAUGUUUACAAUUAGAAAUAUAUCUAGAUUUAAA